GACCCGGCCGUAGAGUUCCUCAGAGCUGAAACCAUGGGCUGGAUCCAGCUGCUCCUGCUCGGCUUCCUGAGCUCCUGCUUCACCUGCUCCUCCGGCGUGUGGGGUUAUAGAAUAGAGAGAAGCCCGGAUGAGAGGUUCAGGCAGCUGUGUGAAGGUGUGGAGGUGGAGCUGAAGAACUGUAAUCUCAGGCUGGCGGAGAAAAUCAAAAACACCACAGGCAUCGAGAAGGAAAUGUUCACUCUGAAGAGGCAGCUCAGACAGUUGAGACUCACCUGUAAAGAUGCGUCUCAGGCCGCCUCCGUCCAGAUCUCAGCUCUCCAGAAUCAGCUGGACAGUCUGUUAAAGCAGCUCGGAGAAAGUACCUCAGGUCCUGCUAACGAAGUUAUGAUCAUAAUGAAGAAAUACAUCAACAUGAAGAAGCUGGAGAUGGACAUGACCAUGCAGAGCGACACGUCCAAGAUCUCACUGAUGCAGGAUCAGCUGAAGGCUCUGGAGGCGGAGUUAAAGCAGAAGACUGCGGCGCUGAAGGAGGUGAAGUGUUCGGCGGAUGGUGGAGGUGAAGAGGCGGAGAUCAGCCGGAUUGUGGAGGAGAUUAAUAAGCUGAGUCUGGAAGGUUCAACCUCUGCAGAAAUAAGCCGACUCGCAGGAUUAAAGACAAUUCUGGACAAGAAGUUGAACAAGAUGGAUGGGACCGGUUUUGCAACUUCUGAAAAAAUAUCGGUGAUAAUGGAAGGUAAUAAACAGAUGGUGGUGAUUCAGAGGAAACUGGCGGAUCUGCUGAAGACCGAGGCUGAGUACACUGCUCUUCUGCAGCGUCUGAAGGUGAAGAAGGUCCUGUUGUCUGAUCUGAAGGAAGAGAAGAAUGAGAAGGGUCCGAACCCAGAACUCAGUAAGCACAUCACGGUGGUGGAGAAGGAGGUGUGGGCUCUGGAGGACGAGCUGGAGCUCCUGAAAAGAACUCUGUCCCGCAGAGAAGUGCUGGAGAAGGAGCUGCUGCAGAAGAAGAAGCAGGUGGAGGGGAAGCUGGAGGAGCUGAAGAAGAAGAUGGAGCUCUUCUCCAGGCUGCUGAGUGUUCAGCUGGAGCUUCAGGUGACUCAGGUGCGCUGGAUGGGGGAGAAGGCAGCAGCAGAGGUUUUUAUUAAAGAUCUUCAGAAGCAUCUGGAGGAGAAAGAGGAUAAGAUCUCCAGACUGCUGGCCAAGAACAUCUAUCUGGAUAAAAAGCUGGCGGAUCUGAUGGCCGAGUGUGACGACAUCCAGGUGAAAUUCAAUGAAUUAUCUGAUCAGUUGGAGGCCACGCUGGGAAAACUACCCAACACCAACCUGAAAUACGUUCUGGAGAUUGUUACGCUGAAUAUCGACAUCGACAGCAUCAGAGAAACCAUCACCAGAGAGAAAUCCCUCAGCAAGAUCGAGGAACUGAAGAAACUGCUGAAGAAGAAAACUGAUGAGCUUAACCUGAAGAAGUACGAGUUAAAAAACAAAGAUCCCAGCGCUGUAAAAAUUCUGGUGAUCAUCGAGAAAACGAAGGAGAUCCAGAAUCUGCAGAGCAGCGUUGUGAAUGUGAACGAUUUGGAUUCAAUCAGCAAGCUUCAGAAAGAACUGAUCAAACUGAUUGAUGACCUGGACGAUUCCAAUCCUGCCAAACUAGUGUUGAAGAAUAUGGUCAUGCUGUCGGAAGAGAGCUGGUUAAAGAAGCUGAUUAACAAAAUGAACCAGCGCUCCCAGCAACAGAUCACCGAUCUGGAGAAGGUGUUGAAGGAGACGGAGGAAACACUGAAAUAUAAAACAGCCGAGCUGGUGAAGACCGGCAGCUACGCCGACCAGCUGAUUAAAGACAUUGUGGUUCUGAGAGGAGAUGUGAAGAAGAUAAAGGAGGAACUGAGCCGGUUGCAGGUUUCUUCAGUCUCUCAGGUAGCAGAACUGGAGAAGAUGCUGACCAAGACCAAACAGGAGCUGGAGAAAGGAAACCGCUCUCUGAACGACAAGGACGCCGAGUUAGCGAAGAACAUGGCCAGAAUCACUCAGCUAAUAGAGGAACUCAGACAGACUAAACUCAGAGCCCAGGAGAACGACGAGGAGGCAGCUGCUACUAUAGCCGAUCUGGAGAAGAGAGUGAGGAAGAGCGAGGAGGAGAAGAACAGAGUGAAACAAGAGAACAGAAAGCUGCAGGAGGACCUGAGGGAAGCCAGGAAGUGCACUGAGGUCCACGAGUCCUACUCCGAACUACAGGAUAAGUAUGAUAAAGAAGUUUCGAAACUGAGUAAUAACUUCGCUCGUCAGGUUUUAACGAUUAAAACUCUGUCGGACGAGGUGAGCCUCCUGAAAAGCAAGCUCAGCGUGGCAACCGGCAACACUGACGCGCUGGAGGCGGAGCUGAAGAAGAAGAGUGGAGAUCUGAUGAAGGUGAUGAAGGAGCUGGAAAAGUCUAAAGUAGACUCAUCUGAAAUGGUGAAGCUGCUGGAGGCGAUGAGGAAGCUCAAUAAGCAGCAGGAUCAGAGCAUUGCGGAGUACCUGGCUGAGAUCGAUGCUCUGGGGAAGGAAAUGGAAGGACUGACAGCCAAACUGGGAACCAGAGGAGACGAGAAAGCUCAGCUGACUAUUCAGGUGAUGGUUCUGAAGGAGGAAAUAUCGAAGUUGGAGAAACUGCAGUCGGAUCUGAAGCAGGAGGCGGUGAAGAAGACGGAAAGUCUGAAGAACGAGAUCGAGGAGACCAAGAAAGAGAUUAUCUUCCUGAAGAGGAGCGGCUGCAAAACCGAAGAAACCAAGCAGCAGAUUGACCGGCUGCAGGUGGAGGUUAAGGCUAAAGAGCGAGAACUGGAGAAGCUGAAGCAGAACUCGGAGGCGGAGCAAGACCAGUUAGCGGAGAAGCUAGCGCAGAUCGCUAAGAAACUGGAGUCCAGUGGAGUCGAACUGAAGAAGAAAGAUGCUCAAAAUGCAGAACUGAUUCAGCAGUUGCUUGAUUUGGGACAGAAGCUGAAAGACUCUCAAAGUGGUCAAAACACAAUAAAAGAAGAAGCAGAAAAACAAAUUAACGAUCUGGAGAAGAGAGUGAGGAAGAGCGAGGAGGAGAAGAACAGAGUGAAACAAGAGAACAGAAAGCUGCAGGAGGACCUGAGGGAAGCCAGGAAGUGCACUGAGGUCCACGAGUCCUACUCCGAACUACAGGAUAAGUAUGAUAAAGAAGUUUCGAAACUGAGUAAUAACUUCGCUCGUCAGGUUUUAACGAUUAAAACUCUGUCGGACGAGGUGAACCUCCUGAAAAGCAAGCUCAGCGUGGCAACCGGCAACACUGACGCGCUGGAGGCGGAGCUGAAGAAGAAGAGUGGAGAUCUGAUGAAGGUGAUGAAGGAGCUGGAAAAGUCUAAAGUAGACUCAUCUGAAAUGGUGAAGCUGCUGGAGGCGAUGAGGAAGCUCGAUAAGCAGCAGGAUCAGAGCAUUGCGGAGUACCUGGCUGAGAUCGAUGCUCUGGGGAAGGAAAUGGAAGGACUGACAGCCAAACUGGGAACCAGAGGAGACGAGAAAGCUCAGCUGACUAUUCAGGUGAUGGUUCUGAAGGAGGAAAUAUCGAAGUUGGAGAAACUGCAGUCGGAUCUGAAGCAGGAGGCGGUGAAAAAGUCGGAAAGUCUGAAGAACGAGAUCGAGGAGACCAAGAAAGAGAUUAUCUUCCUGAAGAGGAGCGGCUGCAAAACCGAAGAAACCAAGCAGCAGAUUGACCGGCUGCAGGUGGAGGUUAAGGCUAAAGAGCGAGAACUGGAGAAGCUGAAGCAGAACUCGGAGGCGGAGCAAGACCAGUUAGCGGAGAAGCUAGCGCAGAUCGCUAAGAAACUGGAGUCCAGUGGAGUCGAACUGAAGAAGAAAGAUGCUCAAAAUGCAGAACUGAUUCAGCAGUUGCUUGAUUUGGGACAGAAGCUGAAAGACUCUCAAAGUGGUCAAAACACAAUAAAAGAAGAAGCAGAAAAACAAAUUAACGAUCUGGAGAAGAGAGUGAGGAAGAGCGAGGAGGAGAAGAACAGAGUGAAACAAGAGAACAGAAAGCUGCAGGAGGACCUGAGGGAAGCCAGGAAGUGCACUGAGGUCCACGAGUCCUACUCCGAACUACAGGAUAAGUAUGAUAAAGAAGUUUCGAAACUGAGUAAUAACUUCGCUCGUCAGGUUUUAACGAUUAAAACUCUGUCGGACGAGGUGAGCCUCCUGAAAAGCAAGCUCAGCGUGGCAACCGGCAACACUGACGCGCUGGAGGCGGAGCUGAAGAAGAAGAGUGGAGAUCUGAUGAAGGUGAUGAAGGAGCUGGAAAAGUCUAAAGUAGACUCAUCUGAAAUGGUGAAGCUGCUGGAGGCGAUGAGGAAGCUCAAUAAGCAGCAGGAUCAGAGCAUUGCGGAGUACCUGGCUGAGAUCGAUGCUCUGGGGAAGGAAAUGGAAGGACUGACAGCCAAACUGGGAACCAGAGGAGACGAGAAAGCUCAGCUGACUAUUCAGGUGAUGGUUCUGAAGGAGGAAAUAUCGAAGUUGGAGAAACUGCAGUCGGAUCUGAAGCAGGAGGCGGUGAAGAAGACGGAAAGUCUGAAGAACGAGAUCGAGGAGACCAAGAAAGAGAUUAUCUUCCUGAAGAGGAGCGGCUGCAAAACCGAAGAAACCAAGCAGCAGAUUGACCGGCUGCAGGUGGAGGUUAAGGCUAAAGAGCGAGAACUGGAGAAGCUGAAGCAGAACUCGGAGGCGGAGCAAGACCAGUUAGCGGAGAAGCUAGCGCAGAUCGCUAAGAAACUGGAGUCCAGUGGAGUCGAACUGAAGAAGAAAGAUGCUCAAAAUGCAGAACUGAUUCAGCAGUUGCUUGAUUUGGGACAGAAGCUGAAAGACUCUCAAAGUGGUCAAAACACAAUAAAAGAAGAAGCAGAAAAACAAAUUAACGAUCUGGAGAAGAGAGUGAGGAAGAGCGAGGAGGAGAAGAACAGAGUGAAACAAGAGAACAGAAAGCUGCAGGAGGACCUGAGGGAAGCCAGGAAGUGCACUGAGGUCCACGAGUCCUACUCCGAACUACAGGAUAAGUAUGAUAAAGAAGUUUCGAAACUGAGUAAUAACUUCGCUCGUCAGGUUUUAACGAUUAAAACUCUGUCGGACGAGGUGAGCCUCCUGAAAAGCAAGCUCAGCGUGGCAACCGGCAACACUGACGCGCUGGAGGCGGAGCUGAAGAAGAAGAGUGGAGAUCUGAUGAAGGUGAUGAAGGAGCUGGAAAAGUCUAAAGUAGACUCAUCUGAAAUGGUGAAGCUGCUGGAGGCGAUGAGGAAGCUCGAUAAGCAGCAGGAUCAGAGCAUUGCGGAGUACCUGGCUGAGAUCGAUGCUCUGGGGAAGGAAAUGGAAGGACUGACAGCCAAACUGGGAACCAGAGGAGACGAGAAAGCUCAGCUGACUAUUCAGGUGAUGGUUCUGAAGGAGGAAAUAUCGAAGUUGGAGAAACUGCAGUCGGAUCUGAAGCAGGAGGCAGUGAAGAAGACGGAAAGUCUGAAGAACGAGAUCGAGGAGACCAAGAAAGAGAUUAUCUUCCUGAAGAGGAGCGGCUGCAAAACCGAAGAAACCAAGCAGCAGAUUGACCGGCUGCAGGUGGAGGUUAAGGCUAAAGAGCGAGAACUGGAGAAGCUGAAGCAGAACUCGGAGGCGGAGCAAGACCAGUUAGCGGAGAAGCUAGCGCAGAUCGCUAAGAAACUGGAGUCCAGUGGAGUCGAACUGAAGAAGAAAGAUGCUCAAAAUGCAGAACUGAUUCAGCAGUUGCUUGAUUUGGGACAGAAGCUGAAAGACUCUCAAAGUGGUCAAAACACAAUAAAAGAAGAAGCAGAAAAACAAAUUAACGAUCUUAAAAUUAAACUGAAGAAUAAGGAGGUCGAGCUGUCACAGCUGAAGAUCAGUAAUUCAGAUCUGGAGGAGAGAGUGAGGAAAAGCGAGGAGGAAAAGAACAGAGUGAAACAAGAGAACAGAAAGCUGCAGGAGGACCUGAAGGAGGCCAGGAAGUGCACUGAGGUCCACGAGUCCUACUCCGAGCUACAGACUAAGUUUGAUAAAGACGUAUCGAAGCUGACUAACGACUUCGCUCGUCAGGUUCUGACGAUCCAGACUCUGUCGGAUGAGGUCACCGCCCUCCAGAACAAGCUCAGCAAAUCAGAGGGAAACACUGAUGCGCUGCAGGUGGAGCUGAAGAAGAAGACUGCAGAUCUGGAGAAGGUGACUAAAGAACUCUCUAAAAGCAAACUGGGCUCUGCAGAAACGGUGAAGCUGCUGGAGGCGAUGAGGAAGCUCAAUAAGCAGCAGGAUCAGAGCAUUGCGGAGUACCUGGCUGAGAUCGAUGCUCUGGGGAAGGACAUGGAAGGACUGAUGGCCAAACUGGGAAGCAGAGGAGACGAGAAAGCUCAGCUGACUAUUCAGGUGAUGGUUCUGAAGGAGGAAAUAUCGAAGUUGGAGAAACUGCAGUCGGAUCUGAAGCAGGAGGCGGUGAAGAAGACGGAAAGUCUGAAGAACGAGAUCGAGGAGACCAAGAAAGAGAUUAUCUUCCUGAAGAGGAGCGGCUGCAAAACCGAAGAAACCAAGCAGCAGAUUGACCGGCUGCAGCUGGAGGUUAAGGCUAAAGAGCGAGAACUGGAGAAGCUGAAGAAGAACACGGAGGCGGAGCUAGACCAGUUGAUGGAGAAGCUAUCAGAGAAAACUAAAAAACUGGAGUUCAGUGGAAAAGAACUUUCGGAGAAGGAUGAGCAGAAUGCAAAACUGAUUCAGCAGUUGAUUGAUUUGGGACAGAAGAUGAAAGAAACUCAAAGUGGUCAAAAAACGAUAAAAGAAGAAGCAGAAAAACAAAUUAACGAUCUUAAACAACAGCUGCAGAAAAAGGAGGAGGACGUUUCUAAACUGAAGCAGAGUAAUACAGAUCUUAAAGAGCAGGUGAAGAACAAGGAUAAGGACGUUUCACAGCUGAACAAUGAAAAAGCAGCUCUGAAUGCAGAACUGGGAAAGAAGAAGGAGGAGCUAAUCAAAGCCGAAAAGGAGGUGAAGGUUAAGGAGGAGGCCAUCGAUAACGUGAAAAAGGAGCUCAAGACCAAAGAGGAGGAGAUCAAGGGUGGAUGCAGCGAAGUUACAAAGAAGCUGAAGAGUAAGGAGGAGGAGGUUACUAAGCUGAAGGAAAGCCACAAAAAUACGCUAAAUGAGAACGAGAAGCUGAAGACUCAGAUCAGUGAUACCGACGCCAAACUGCAGGAGCUGGAAGAACUGGAGCGUGAAAAUGAGGAGCUGCAGAAGGAGCUGGCGAAGGUGCAGGAGGAGUAUAAAAAUAAAAUAGAGGAAACAAAGACGAAUGCUUUCACAGUGGUUUCUCCAGAGUGGGAUCCGGACACGGCGCACCCUCAGCUCCUCCUGACGAGUAAAGGAAAAGCAGUAAAGGCUUCAGAAUUCGCUCGUUUUGUUCCGGACAAUCCGGAGCGCUUCAACGCGGCUUUGGCCGCUUUGGGAAAAAAAGGCUACGACUCCGGGAAGCCGUACUGGGAGGUGGACGUGGACAUUCGGGCCUGUUUCGUGGUGGGCGUGGCCAAGAAAUCAGCCAAUAGAAAAGGCAGCUUAGCAUACGGUCCCAAAAACGGCUACUGGGUUAUCGUCAGGAGGAAGGAUGGCCAGUACCACGCCCUCAAUGACAAGAGCACGCCCCUGAAACUGCCAGUCAAACCGACCGUGAUCGGGGUUCUCCUGGACUUCAAUAAGGGCAACGUGGUCUUCUUCAACGCCAAGACCAAGAAGCCGAUCUACACCUACCACAACAACAAGUUCAGCGAGACACUGUUCCCGUACAUCGAGACGUGCCACAGCCAAGGCAAGAACGAGCCCCCCAUCGUCGUGUCCGACGCCGACUCCGUCCUGAUGGACAACGUGAGCUAAGCUCUGCCCAGAAUCUGCUCAGAAACCCAAAGCUCUGUAAUACGUCUCUCUGUGUUUCUAAUCAGUGUAUCUGGAGAAAAUCCAGCUUUUAAUGAAUUAAUCUCUGAAAUAAAGUCAAGCAGUAAAACAA